GCACGAGCUCUUCAUCAUCAGCCAAGGGUCGUUCGACCUCUACCCCAAUGUCAGGAUGCAGGGGAAAGCAAAGGUGAAGUCCGCCGAGGCAGUCUACACCAGCACCACUAUGACAGAGCGUCUGGUGAGGAAGCAGCAGUUUCUCCUCGGCUUGCUGGGAACAGACAAGCGUUCGGAGGGCGUGCCUCAUGCUCGACGAUCCAUGUUACCGGCGACGAAUCGAGGGGGCAAUGAUGGGAACCGCAAAAAGCAGUGGUCAGCCAACUCGGCUUUCGUUGAUCAGAAGAAGGUUUCCAUGGGGGCACGCAGCACGCCGAAAAAAGCCCGGAGAGGAUCAGAGACUGGCCUGGGUAUAGACAGUUGGGGAUUUGGCUUCAUGGCCCGGACUCGGUCAUUGAAGAGCGACCUCGAUGAGGAGGAGGAUGAGACUUCACCCUUUCAGGUUGGUGAUCAGGUUGCUGCCCUCGUCGCAGGUUGGGACGUCCAGAAGGAGUUGGGAACGGGUCGAGUUCUGGAGGUGCUGGAGCAAGGGCCACAGGGAAAAGUUGCUGUCGAUUUUCCAGAUGGCAUUCGCGAAGUGAAGGUUCAGCUGCUGCGGCCAGUGGAAGACGUGGCUCCUUUGUGCCGGCUAACGUCGGGGGAGUGCUACGGCGAACUGUCGUUACUGUACAACACGCGUCACCUGGCCACAUGCAAAGCUGUUGAGCCUUCUGUGGUCUACGGUGUUCCUUACAAGGCUUUCAAGCGGUGCUUUGGCAGGAGAGACGGCCGACCCCAGGAGCAAGCGUGGAUCAAGCUGCUUGACGAGGUCAACUUCUUGAACCCUUUGGUCCGCUCUGAGCGCGCAGAGGUUGCGCGAAAUGCUGUUGGGACCUUUAGCUUCAAUCCCAACGAGAUGGUGAUGACCCAAGGGGAGAUCACCGAGAAGUUGUGGUUUGUCGUGGAGCGAGGAGGCUGCGUGGUCACACAGAAAGACUCAACCGGUCAGGUCAAGGUGUCGGCGGAGCUGCGUCGAGGCAACCACUUCGGAGAGCGUGCCAUCUUCCUUCAGCAGCGUACAGCAGAAUUCUCGGUGCAGGCUGGUGCGAAGGGCAUGCAGUGCCUCGUCAUUGACGGAGAGCUGCUACGCACCCUUCCGCUGAAUGUGGAAGGACAGGAUACCGAUUUCGGAGUGACCGUGCCCCAGGGACACAGCAGAAGCGCCAGCUAG